AUGCCUACUUCCCGCCGGAGACUAAGCUUUGCUUUCUUUAUGGUACUGGUGUUGGCUGCCAUUGUAGAUAAAUCGGUGGUGGUCGCAACGUAUUCUAGUUAUCGAACGCCGGUGUCCCGGCCUAGCACUUGGAAGCUUGCUCAUGCCACGUUUUAUGGAGAUGAAAGCGCCUCUGCUACAUCUGGGGGUGCAUGUGGAUAUGGGAAUUUGUUCAGCAAUGGGUACGGAGGAGACACGGCUGCUUUGAGCACAGUACUAUUCAACAACGGAUAUGCUUGCGGGCAGUGCUUCCAAAUACGGUGCGCUGAAUCGCCGUACUGCUACAAAGCCUCGCCUAUCGCCACCGUGACCGCAACCAACCUCUGCCCUCCCAACUGGUCGGAGGACGGCAACAACGGCGGCUGGUGCAACCCACCUCGUACUCACUUCGACAUGUCCAAACCCGCCUUUAUGAAAAUCGCCGACUGGAAGGCCGGCAUUGUCCCCGUUAUGUUCAGAAGGGUUCCAUGUGCCAGGCAUGGAGGUGUGAAAUUCAGCAUCCAAGGGAACGGGUACUGGCUGUUAGUGUACGUGAUGAACGUGGCCGGAGGCGGCGACAUCGCCGGAAUGUGGGUGAAGGGAAGCAGGACAGGGUGGAUAAGCAUGAGCCACAAUUGGGGGGCUUCUUACCAAGCAUUUGCAGCCCUUGGUGGCCAAACCCUUUCUUUCAAGCUAACUUCCUACACAACACAUGAAACUAUUGUAGCCUACAAUGUUGCACCAUCAAAUUGGAAUGCUGGAAUGACUUACCAGGCCGCCGUCAACUUUCAUUAAUGGAG